ACACUGAGAUCAGCUAGGAUUUUCCUAUAUAAUCCCUUUAGUGGGUUAGUGCUCGGGCAGCCAUGUCCUGUGGAGCACCUUGUGUGGCUUUUUUCCUGGGUUGGAUAUUUGUUGUCACUGAAGCUAACUUGUAUGAGGGCCAUUCACUGGGAUCAUCAUGUCUUCCAGGCUACCCUUGCACCCUUGCCUUUAUCUCCGACAACCCCGUGAUCCUGCGUUGUCCUUACGCACAUCCUAGAGCUCAAGUAUCCUGGCAGUACCUCGAUCCAAGGUGGACAAAUGAGCAACCGAUCACCUUUCUGCGCUCAGAGAGUUCCUCUUGGCCUUCGCUUAGCCAUGCCAAGUUGAUGCGGUUCUGGUUCAGAUCCCGACUAAUUGCUGGCCAUCUGUACAUCCCAAGCCCCAGCGUCAAGGACUCUGGAGUAUAUACCUGCCAGGUGGGCGAUGCCACCAUUGCUUAUUACAAUGUGGAUUUCCAAGAUGCUGGGCACCUCCACGUCUCACAUGCUAGCCUUGGAGGGACCGUUUUGGACAAUGUUACAGUCGAGCUAGAAAAUGGAACACGAGCUGAGCUGUUCACCUCCUGGAGUCCUUGGCAAGCUUGCGAUCGGUGUAGCCGUUUGGGAGAAAGGAAGCGAGUGGGUUUUUGUUAUGCCCAAGUGACCAAGAGUGACCAGGAGGUAGAGAAACCUCUGCCCUGUGGGAUAGCCAGGAGAAAGUAUCCCAUGUUACCACAACGUGGACCAGAGCUAAGAAUGGAAACCUGUCAGGUGCCUUGUGACACUCCAGAAAAACCCAACACUGCGUCGCUUCUGGUCUUUACCACCUUACAUCCCCAGCCCAUGUCCGUUGCUCACCUGCGUUGCCCAUCCUCUUCCAUCUACAGCCCUGUCUACUGGCAAGAAGGCCUAACAAAGCUGACCCACUUUGAACUUCUCCAGAAGAACAGCUCCCAGAGCCUGGAUAAAGCCACUGGUGGUGGGAUUCUCCACCUCACCUUCCAGAACGGCUCGCAGAGCACUGUCUACUGGUGCUAUGUCAAUGGGCACCUGGUGGGCAGGUUUUUUGUCACUUCCCCUGCUGCUGUGCCAGCUCCCAAGGAGCUGGCCCGCUCUUAUUCCUCCAUUGAAGCACUAGUCGUGGGAUUAUCCAUCUUCCUUGUCUUCAUGAUGUUCCUUAGCAUCAUCCAGUCCUGCCGGAGAAAGCCUGAAACCACCAUUGUCUAGAAGAGGUGCAUGAAAACUUCAUGGAUACCCCAGGAAAGGGGAUGCAGACUAAUAAAGAUAUCGACUGGAAGUUCAAUCAGAGUCAUGGUUGAAACUCUCCAUGUUCCUCUC